AUGAACAGCAUCGAGAACCACCUCACAAGCCUCAUCCCCACGCUGGCCGGGCCCCUCCCCCCCGAGCUGAUCCAGCUCGCUACCUCCCUCGUCGCCCAGUCCAAGAACCGCAUCUCAAACCUCAAGCCCAACGAAGAGAUCUGCCGCGAAUACGUGUGCGCGCACAUCGCCUGCGACCGACUCCGAACCCAGCUCGACCUCCCCACCAUCACGCCCCGCCUCCCCCUCCCAAAAAAAACCUACGGCGCCCUCUACACGCAAUUCCAAAAGGCCCUCCCCCUCCGCACGCGCCUCCCCAGCGCCCCCACCGCCUCCACCACCACCACCACCACCGACGCCCCGCCGCCCACCCCCAUCACGCUCCCCCCCCCGCUGCGCGCCAGCAUCCACACCCUCUGCACCGCCCUCGGCGCGCCCGGCGCACACCGUCACGUAAUCGCCGGCACCACCAGCAUGCUCUCCGAGCCGUCCGCAUCAGCCCUGCGCAGCCAGCUGCCGCUCGUGACGGCCAUCACGCUGCUGACGAUCGAGCGGCUGCUGCCGGAGGGGAAGAACGUGACGGUGGGUGCGGCGGGUAAGUGGAAGCGCGGCGAGGGCUACAUCAUGAAGCGCGACGGGGUGAUGGGGGCGCUGGGCGGCGUGGGCAAGGCCGGGUUUAGCAAGGAGGACACGGACGGGUGGGUGAAGGAGCUGAGUAGGAGGGGUAUUAGGGAGCUGCCGUGGCUGAAGGAGGUGCCGGAUGGCGUGGGGUUGAAGGUGAGGGCGGGGGAUAAGGUGGAGGUGGAGCUGGUGGUGGGGACGGUCAAGAAGGGGAGGAAGCCGGCGGUGAAGAAGGCGGCGGCGGCAGCGGCGAGGAAGAAGAAGGGUGAUGGGGAGGCGGAGGCGGAGGCGGAAAGUCAGCUGCAGGGUGAAGAGGAGGGGGUGGGGGAGAAGGCGGCGGCUCCGCCGCCGCAGAAGAAGAUGCAGACGAGGGCGGCGAGGCCGAAGCCGGCGGUGAUAGCGAUGCCAGCGGCGAAGAGACAGAAGGUGGAGAAGGUCGAGAGCGGCAUUGGGUCGUUCAUGCAGGGCUCCGUCGACUACCUGGGCGAGACGAAGAGGCGCACGUAUAAGACGUGGGAGGCGAGGGUUUUGGCAAUGGCAGCGGAGAUGGAGAAGGAUGGUGUGCCACCGGCGCCGCAGCAGGCGGCUGUGGUGGGGGUUUAG